AUGUCAUCGGCUCUCCCACCUCCGCCUCCACCACAAUGGGCUGUCGCGAUCAACUCGCCGAUGCCGCGCCCCUCCAAGGCGGCAUCCAGCAUCCCGAAUCCACCUGGCUUCGCCAGCCGUGGAGGUAAACAGCGCGAGAAGCAGCAACUACAACCCACUACAGCCAGGCCUGAAGAGACCGAUACCUUGAAGAUGAAGAAGGCCUGGGAGAUCGCCAUCGCCCCGUCCAAGCAGCUUCCCAUGAACGGUAUCAUGAUGUACAUGUCCGGCAAUAGCCUCCAGAUUUUCAGUAUCAUGAUGGUUUUCAUGCUGUUCAAGGGUCCAAUUCAAGGCCUGAUCAAUACCAAUGCGGUCUUUGCCAAAUACGAGACCCCGACAACUCGUGGGCGCCUGCUCGCAGUGAAGGCAGUCUACGUGCUGAUGCAGCUGUUGUUGCUGGCUUUGGGAAUCUGGAAGGUUAAUGGAAUGGGCUUAUUGCCGACUACGAGAUCAGAUUGGCUCGCAUGGGAAUCGGAACGACAGCCUCUGGAGCGGGCUUAUUUUGCUUUCAGGUGA